AUGUCCAUCGCUAAUUCAGAGUAUUCCACAAAGUCUGCUAGGAGCUCUGUUUAUCAGACAAAUGGGAGACCGUUGUCCAAGGAGGCGCUCUACAAGGCCAAGAUGAAGUACGGUAUCUAUCAGUCUCCGUCUGCGAAGACCGUUGGUGUUCCAAACAGCGAAAGCGCUUCAGACACUGCUGCUUUGUUGGCUGCCUCAACGGAUUUGAAGGUUGAGCCUUAUAAGAGAAGCAUUGCGAAUGAUGCACACACAGCAGCUCUGUUUGCAAAGAAGGACACUGCGCCAAAGGCAUGGACGAGAGAUUCUGUCAACGCUGAGGCCUCAACCGCUGCCGCUGCCGUGGGUAAAUUCUUGAUUAAAGGUGAAAGAGAGAGCUUGUACAACGAGAGCAUCUACGGUGAAGUUGCAAGUUCUGUCGAGGCCCAGUCCAAAGUUGCAAUCAGCGAAGGAUCAAGUGCAGCAUCUGCAGUUUUAACAAGAUCCAGAUCUAAAAACCCGAACGCUGAUGGUGGCGAUGAACAAAGUACAUAUGAUGGUGCAAGUGCCGCUUCAGCUGUACUUGGUAGAACCGGGAAAACCAUUGGGUCUUUGGCAUCAAGCAACUUGGCCUCAUUAUACGAAUUUGACGCUGUUAGAAGCGGAAAAAAGAGAGUUAUCGGUAAUAUCAAUUUGUCAAAAGUCACAAAGGCUUCACAAGAACGUGCGAAUACAAUGAUUUCUGAGAGAAUGAACCCAGAAUGGGAUUGCUCUCGCUCAGGUAUUAAAGUUGAACCAAAACUUGACGAUGCUUCUUUGGAGGCUUUUGCCGCUGCAGGUGCUUUGGCAUCUCAAGGCUAUGAAGCCCCAGUGGAUAAGGACCUUGAGGCACGUGCUAUUUUCAAGAAUUCCAUGGUUUCUCCAAAGGUUUUAGCCUUGGCCUCUCUCAAUGCUUCAAAUACACUCAAGGGACUCGAAAAGCAACUUGAUGAUAAUAAUUUGUUCUCAAAUACAGAUUUUAACAGGAUCGCUUUUGAGAUUGCUUCUCGUCACCAUGCAACACGUACCGUGAACACAGGUAAAAUCAACCUGGGUGGUGGAUUGUACAUGACACAAGCGGAGUUGGAUGCAAUCGCUACCAAAUUCGUGAACCCUGUGCUGGUUCAAAUUGACAAGACAGCUGAAUCUCAGCGUGCUAGAGAUGCAGAGGCUGCCAGAGUGAAGGAAGAACAGAGAUUGGCACAUGAAAAGUACAAAGCUGAUAUCAGGGCACAAAAGGCUGAAGAUAAGAGACUCAAGGCCGAGGCCAAGGCUCAGAGAAGAAAAGAGUUGGAGGAUGAGAAGCAAAGAGCUAGAGAAGCCAAGCUGGCCUUGGAGAAGGAAAAGACAGCUGAAUUGGAAAAGCAAAAGGAGAUUUUGGAGUAUAAGCAACAGGAGGAGGUUAGAAAGAGAGAAGAACUCCUUGCAAAGAAACAGGCUGAGGAGGAACGUCUUGCGAAGGAAUCUGCUGAAGCCGAAGCCAAGCGCAAGGAAGAAUUGACUGCUGCUGAACGUGAACGUGAUGAGAGACUUGCUCCAAUCUUGGCCAACUUGAAGAUUGAGCAGGACAAACUGGAUGUUUUGAACGAAGAGAAACAAGCUGUUCAGGAGAUUACAGACUCUCAUAUUAAGAAUACUGAGAACUCUCAAAACUUGCUAGAUGUUUCAAAGGUUGAAUUGACUCAUGCCCGUGAACGCUUGGAGACAUUGAAGGGUGAAAUUGAAACCACAACUGGUGAGCAAGAGAAAUUCGCCAAAGAGGCUGAAAUCAAGGCUGCUGAAGCAGAAGUUGCUCUCAAGGAAUCUGCAGAGAUUGAAGCAGAAGCAGCUUUGAAAAAGGCUGAGAUUGACAAGCAAAAGGCCCUUGUUGACAAUGAACGUCUUAAGAUUCAACUCGAAUUGGAGAAUGAAAAGAUUGCUGCAUUGAAUGAGGAGAAGGAAAUUGCAGAAACGUUACCACCAAGUGAAAAGGCUAAAGCUGAGGAUGCUGCUAGGGAAAAGGCCAAAGCAGAAUCUGAAGCUGCUAAGGCUGCGGAGGAGUCCACCACUAAGGUCACUACAUCAACAGGUCCAACAGUCGUUGCCAAUCCAAACUACAGAUCCAUGGUUGAUGAAGCUUUAAACUAUGUGCCAAAAAAGCAAGUUGAAGCCAAGUCCAGCACUACAGAUGGUGGUGAGUUGAAACAGACGUUUUCUGGCUUCAGCCAAGGCAGUGAUGAAAAAAAAGAAUUAACCACUGAGGAGAAACACAAGAGCCUAUUCAAGGAGGAGUUUUAA